GUUUAUCGUCAUCACUUCCGUGUUUUGAGCGGGGACAUAUUGGAAAGGGGCACAGAUGAGGAUUUCGGCUAGCUCAAAGCUGCAUUUAUGUUUCCUUUGAGAUUUUCCGUUUGUGUUUUCGUUCGGAAGUAAAAUUAGACUAUUUAUAAAUUACAUUUUUUAGCGCCUGUUUGAGUUUUUAGUCGGUGUGUGAGAGAUGAGCAGCAAUAUUAACAAGAGAGCUCCUGCGACAGCGACACAGAGAUUAAAACAGGAUUACCUGCGAAUAAAGAAAGAUCCGGUCCCGUACAUAUGUGCAGAACCGCUCCCUUCAAACAUACUGGAAUGGCACUAUCUUGUCCGUGGUCCUGAGAAAACACCCUAUGAAGGCGGUUAUUAUCACGGGAAGCUCAUAUUCCCUAGAGAAUUCCCGUUCAAACCACCGAGCAUAUACAUGAUCACACCCAACGGCAGAUUUAAAUGUAACACGAGAUUAUGUCUCUCCAUCACUGAUUUUCACCCGGACACGUGGAACCCUGCGUGGUCAGUGUCCACCAUCCUCACUGGCCUCCUGAGCUUCAUGGUGGAAAAAGGUCCCACUCUGGGCAGCAUAGAAACAUCUGAUUUUACCAAAAGACAGCUCGCCUCGCAGAGCCUCGCCUUUAACAUUAAGGACAAAGUGUUCUGCGAGCUGUUCCCAGAUGUCGUUGAUGAGAUCAAGCAGAAGCAGCGACGGCAAGAAGAGCUGAGUUCCCGCUCUCAGGCCCUGCCUCUGCCCGACGUCGUGCCCGACAGCGAGGGCCAGAACGGACGCCCAGCCCAGAACGGACACGGGCCUGCUGGGGCGGCUCAGCCCGCUGACGUCCGGCGGGUCAACCGCAACCACGGACUCCUAGGAGGAGCGCUAGCGAACCUGUUCGUCAUCGUCGGCUUUGCUGCUUUCGCAUACACAGUCAAGUACGUGCUGCGGAGCAUCGCACAGGAAUGAACACGGAGAGGACUGGACCUACUAUUACGCCAAAAAACAAGGAGGCAUCCUCUUGUUUUGUCCAAAUCAAAAGCAAACAGGGCUAAUAGUGAGUUAGUGAGUGUCCCAGCAAAGAAAAGGAGUCACGUGAUGCCCUUAUUACAGCUAUAAAGACAGUCGGGGUAUGGAGGAUAUUUAUAGGUAAUGAAAUGUAACACUUCUCCCUGUAUUCAGCCCCACAUUAUAACAGGAAUUAUUUUCAGACUUGUCCACAUGGCACUCUCGAGAACUUUUGUGUGAAAUCAUCUUGCUGUGCGUCAAGCGCCUUUUAUAAUCCUCCUGUUUCUAUUUCACUGAGACGUGAUAGACUAUAAACAAGCUCCACCUUUUUGAAGAAAUACAUAAAAAUAAGGAUGAAUUUUUAGCAUCCACAUUGUUUUAUUUUCUGUUAACAAGCGGAUUAUUUUGUACUUUUGUGGAGCCAAGAACAGCAGCACCAUCACCACCGGUCAUAUAAGAAAUUACACAGAAUGGUAUGAAGUAGAGACUGGGGUUGAUUCAGAUAGUUUGAUGUGAAAUAUGAACUUGUGAACGGUCAAAUCUUGCACUUAUGAUGGUGCUUAUACAUAACUGUACAACUUUUUUUCAGGUAGGAACAAAACUUGCGUUAUAUUCAUCGUUACAGGAGUAGCCAGGGAUAGUUUGCUUCCCAAGCCUUGUAUUCAAGCGACAAAUUGGGGUGUCUUUACUGAGAAAAUAUGAUUAAUUAUAUUUGAGGAAAGAACUAUUGAUACCUGAAGAUGACUCCUUCCUUACAUCAGCAAAUUUAAGUGAUUUUUAAGUUUGUUCUUGUUAUCACUUACGUUUUAGCAGCUAUAACGGUCAUUUCCUCACCAGCCCCUCUUUUUUUUCUCUCUCUUCAAGUCAAUUUUCAAAAAUGCAGCUUGUCAUGCUACAGAGAAACCAGAAAGCACCUUGUCCUCUGUCCUGAAGGCUCAUACAAAGCACUGACACUGGAGACUCCUUCCAUAAAUCUUAAAACAAUGUCUCCUUCACUAUAUCAGUGAUUAUGCAUGUGAAGUGUCCACAGUACAAGUCCCUGUGUAUGUUACUAUAGAAACAAUACCAUAUUAGAGCGUAUUAAUAUAAAUUUGAUUUACAGCUGCACUACUGUCAGAGCUGCUGUUAUAGAAAAUUAAUCAAUGCCUUCUGAUAAAUCAGAUUUGAGAAUGUAGUUGAAAUCUCACAGACACGGGGGAAAAAACUAAAAAGAUGACCGGGCAAGUAAUAUAAAUGACUGAUAAAUACGACUAAUAAUUUGCCCUUCUUCAGAACAAUUUACCACUUUAUCGAUUACAAAUAGGUCUUAUUACCCUACAAGAAGACUUUUGGAUAGCAGCUAUUAAUUAAAGAACAUUCUUGAGAUGAGGUUAAUGAAGUUCAUAGUGUUAUGAAUUUUUCAGGAAACACACCCCAGAUUGUAGCCUGUUACAGUAUGCAAUUCUGUUGGAUCCAGACGUCAGUGUGUAACCCAUGAUGGCUCGUGUCUUCGCUAAGUUUUUGUUUAUAGGAACUCAUUCUAUUGGACCAUCCAACACUACAGUUUGUUCUAUUGUUUGUGCAUUUUGGGGAUUUUUCACAAUUACCUGAGCACUAUAACGCACAAAAAUCUUUAAUUAAGGCUUUUAUGGUGUAAUUUGUGCAAUAUCAUUCAACAGAUUUUAAAUAAAAUUUGAUUUACUUAA